AUGCCAACUCCUAUGGCCACCGUCAUUGUACACCGCAACGGCGUCCCCACGGCCAUCCAGGUGCCGGCAACCGGCAUCAUCCGCCAACCUCACCCAUCCUCCUCCGAAAACGACUCAGCCUCUGAUACCACCGACAGUCCCGUGGACCCUCACGGCAUGCCAACUUCGAUCAAAGCGUGCUGCCGACACGUUCCUCGCUCGCCUCGACCGCACCAGGAACCCGCGGUCUGCUCCACGGACGCACCACACCCACAAGAAUCGUCGCCCCACCCGGCCCGACACGCCCAGCUCCGCCCCAGAUGGCCUCUCCGAGGAUGA